AGGAGCUCGUCGAAAACACAUCGUUGCACGCGUAGGAAAACAAAUCACACAUGCUUCCGAUAUUAUUGUAUAGAGAGUGAUGUUAUCAAGUCGUGUAAAAUAACGCGUGGUCAGUAGCAACUGGUGAUUCAAACAGCGAAGUCUGUUUAUCGCAUCAAAAAUGACUGAAGGAAGAAGAUUCGAAACCAGAGCAAUACUUGAUGGCCAGAAGUGCGGCCAGUGGUCAAAUUCAGAGGUGAUACCUCCGAUAGUAACAACAAUGACGUAUUUCCAAGAAGAUCCAACGGACAUAAAGGGUUACUGCUAUGGUCGUUUUGGCAAUCCAACAGUUGAUGUACUACAAAAUUGUAUAGCUGGUAUGGAUAAAGCCAAACACUGUCUGGUGUAUCCAUCGGGCUGUUCGGCCGCAACCGCACUGCUAAAUCUUUUGAAACCGGGUGAGCAUUAUAUGGCAAGCAAUGAGAACUACGGUGGACCUCGAACUCUUUUCGAGCAAUAUUGCAAGAAUCAAGGAAUCGAAAUCGACUUUUUCGAUCCCACCGACACAAAAUCGAUUGAAGCUACCAUCAAACCGAAUACAAGAUUAGUUUGGGUAGAAUCGCCGUCGAAUCCAUGCCUGAAAAUAUCAGACAUUGCUGCGAUUGCGAAGAUUGUGCACUCGCGAUCGAAUCAGGAAAUCAUAUUUGCUAUCGAUAACACAAUCAUGACGUCAUACUUUCAACGACCGUUGGAAAUGGACGCGGACGUAAUUUUUUAUUCACUGACCAAGUACAUGAACGGCCACAACGAUGUCUUGGGUGGGGCACUCGUCACCAACGAUACGCCACUCUAUGACAACUUGAAAGCAAACCAAAUAUCAACCGGCUCACUUCUAUCGCCUUUCGAUUGUUAUUUGGUGAAUCGAGGCCUGAAAACAUUGUCUCUUCGGAUGACACGGCACUGUGAGAAUGCACUUGCCGUGGCUACGUAUUUGGAAUCACAUCCGAAAAUCCGGAAGGUCACACAUCCCGGUCUACCGUCUCAUCCACAGUAUGAACUCGCGAAAAAGGUGGGAUCGAAUCGAGCGGGAAUAGUUUUGGCUCAGUUGAACGGCACAGUAGCAGAAGCGAAAAAGUUUAUUCAGAAUCUUAGCGUUUUCGUUUGCUCGGGUAGCAUCGGUAGCUUUGGCAGCAUGAUUCUGAUACCGACAUACUUGAAUCGGUCAGACGACAAGACGUUUGAAGAAACAUUCGGUAUAUUCGAUGAUACAGUACGUUUAUCCGUUGGUAUAGAAAACAUCGACGAUCUGAUCGAAGAUUUGGAUCAAGCGCUGAAAAAGGCGUUCGAGUGAAUCGUCUAUUUAAGUGAAUUUUGACUCAAAGUGAAAUGAAAAUAAACUUUAAUUUUUUCAUCCAU